GUGAAAUUGUAAAGUAUUAAAUUCAACAUGAGUCCAUCAACUCCCACAACAUUUACAUAUCCCUUCAAGAGGCCGUGGCUAAAGGACUAUGGUGCAGCUGCUCCUGUUGGAGGCGGAAGUAUUGGUCUUAAAGGAAUUAUAGCAGGGGGUAUAACUGGUGGUAUCGAAAUUUGUAUCACAUUUCCGACUGAAUAUGUUAAGACGCAGCUCCAGUUAGACGAAAAAGGAGAUAAAAAGAAAUACAAUGGUAUCGCAGACUGUGUAAAGAAAACUGUUAAAGAUAAUUUAUUAGGGGUGGCGAAAAAAGGGUUUGGUGCCUUUGAAAGUUUUAAGAACAAAAUGCAGAGGCCUGAUGGUACCCUUAGCGUAUCUGGUAGAUUACUUUGUGGCAUGGGUGCUGGUGUUUGUGAAGCUAUUUUAGCCGUAACCCCAAUGGAAACUGUUAAAGUGAAAUUUAUUAACGAUCAGAGAUCUCAAACGCCUAGGUUUAAGGGAUUUUUCCAUGGUGUAAGGAUGAUCGUCAGGGAAGAAGUCAAUCCUAAGAAGUUUCCAGAAGAUGAAUUUAAUCCUACUAAUUUGAAAAUGAAAGACUACCAGCGGAGAGCCAUUCAAGAUCAUAACCUUGAGGGCGAACAUAGUGAAGUCGAACUAGAAACAAACAAUAGUGACGGAAUUCCCACAGAGGCAGAACCACUACGAGUACAGCAGGACCCGCCUGGAUCUGCCACUUUAGAUGUUGCCACUUUAGAUGUCAAGUGUAUUACUGCUGCUUCAGAUAUUGUUGCUACAUUCUCAUCAGCAAUUGUUAAAAUACUAAAUGUGGACCCAAACAGAAAUUCUGUAGAACCCAAAAAAGUUACACCACGAUUAAAACAAGCCCGUGCUUGCUCAGUAUACGGAAACAAUCCCAUUGACGUUGUGAAGACCCGUAUGCAAGGUUUAGAAGCGAAAAAGUACAAAAAUACACUCGACUGCGCCGUGCAAAUACUGAAAAACGAAGGUCCUUUAGCUUUCUACAAGGGAACUGUGCCGAGAUUGGGUAGAGUAUGCCUGGACGUUGCCAUAACAUUUAUGAUCUAUGACAGUUUCAUGGAAUUGUUUAACAAAUUUUGGUAAAGAGAUUUUAUAAGUUCCUUCUGGCAUCUUUGACGAUUGUAUGGAGCUAUAUAGUCACAUUAUUUUAGCGGGAAAAGUAUAUUUUACUAACAUAUAUGCAUUUAUAUAUAGUCUUCUUUGUUAAACGUGACACUUUAUUUCAUUUUAAGCUUUGUCAAUGUUGCAUUUAUGUGCAAUUAUAUUUUAUGCGUAUAUUAUAUUGAUUCUACUGAGUAUUUGAUAUUUUUUGGAAUAAAUCGCAAAAAUUGCAAUCAAAACUAUGUGUUUUUGAUGUUUCGACUUCCAGUCCUGAAAUUGUUUUAAAACCUUUUUAAAAUAUAACAAUGAUACAACCUGUAUAUAACAUUUUAUAUUUUAUAACUUUUCUUGUAAAACGAUAAUUUUUAAGUACUUACUGAAACGUAAAAACAUGUUAUUUUAAUUUUUGUGGUUUAUCCUCAUAAAAUAUAAAAGAUUCAGUGUAAAACAUGCUACAAGAAAAUAGUUUCAGAACCAUAUCACAGAAUAAAUAACAAUCAGAAUACCCACUCUCAGAUGGAACGCCUUUGAAGUUUGUCAGCACGUGAUCGCCAUAUUUUAAAGGGAAACAGACUCGAAUUGAGAAAUUUGUGACAAGCUACGAGAGAACUGUAAUUUAUAAAUAAUUUUUAGAGAUUAAUAAUUUAGUACAUUUGAAAUAAUUUAAACAAUUCUUCAACUAAAAGUACGAAUAAAAUAGUGCAUAUUAUGUCUAUAGUUGCCGUAAAUAAAUUAAACCGG